AUGUCACAGAGUCCAAACUCCUUUCAGCAACUGGAAAAGCUGGGUGAAGGCUCUUAUGCAACGGUCUAUAAAGGUCGGAAUAACCAGACUAAUGAGUUGGUGGCCUUGAAAGAGAUCCACCUGGACGCCGAGGAAGGGACGCCGUCCACUGCAAUCCGUGAGAUCUCCCUGAUGAAGGAGCUCAAUCACGACAACAUUCUGGCUCUGUACGAUGUGGUGCAUGCGGGCGAAAAGCUUGUAAUAGUGUCGGAGUACAUGGACAAGGACCUAAAGCGCUUUAUGGAUGACCGGGGUGGCGCUCUUGAUCUCCCCACUAUCAAGUCCUUUGCAUACCAAAUGCUGCGAGGCAUAGCCUACUGUCACGAGAACAGCAUCUUGCACCGGGAUCUUAAACCUCAAAAUCUGCUCAUUGGCCGGGAUGGAAGUCUGAAGUUGGCAGAUUUCGGCCUCGCCCGCACCUUUAGCAUCCCCGUCAACACUUUCUCGAAUGAGGUGGUCACCCUCUGGUACCGACCUCCGGAUGUGCUCUUGGGGAGCUGCUCUUACAACACCAGCCUCGAUAUCUGGUCAGCGGGCUGCAUCAUCGCCGAGAUGUACACCGGUCUGCCUUUGUUUCCGGGCACCGCCAACGACGAUCAGCUGCUCAGGAUCUUUCAAGUGAUGGGCACCCCGUCCGAACAUACUUGGCCAGGCAUCAGUCAAUUUCCAGAAUUCAAGCCCAUUUUCCCUGUGUACCUGCCCCAAGACCUGCAACAGCUGAUUUUCGGGCUGGAUCCUCUCGGGGCCGAUCUGCUAGAGCGCAUGUUGCAAUUGCGACCAGAGCUGCGAAUCAGCGCCGCCGAUGCGCUACGCCAUUCAUGGUUUCAGAGUCUUCGUUCUGAGACAGAGCCAUCGACACAGAACGUGCCUACACUUAUCUAA